AUGCCGGAAUUAACUCCUGUACAAGAAUAUUAUAAAGGCAAGACGGUGUUUAUAACUGGUGCAUCCGGUUUUAUGGGUAAAGUUUUGUUGGAAAAGCUGUUGUACUCCUGUCAUGAGCUUAAAGAAAUCAUAAUCAUCUGUCGUCCCAAAAGAGGCAAGACUCCUGAAUCACGUUUGGAAGAUAUGUUUAAAUUGCCGAUUUUCCAACGUAUCAAAGAGGAAAGACCACAUGUUUUGAAAAAGGUUACCAUUUAUCAAGGUGAUGUUACCUAUGAAAUGUUAGGCUUAUCGGGCGAUAAUCUUAAACAUGUCGCCGAUAACACCAACAUUGUAUUCCAUAUGGCAGCCACUUUAAAAUUGGAGGGCAAUUUAAAAGAUGCCAUCGACAUGAAUUUAGCUGGCACCAGACGUGCCUUAGAUGUGGCUAAACAAAUGAAAAACUUGGAAGCUUUUGUUCAUCUAUCGACGGCCUUCUGUAAUUGUGAUCAGGAAGUGAUGUAUGAGAAGGUUUAUGAUUUUCCACACAAACCCGAAGAUCUUAUGCGUUUGGCCGAAUGGAUGGAUUUGAAGACAUUGGAGAAUGUUACGCCAGAGUUGUUGAAACCUCAUCCCAACACUUAUACGUAUUCGAAACGUUUGGCUGAGUUAUUUAUACGUGAUCACUAUGAGACAAUGCCAGUGAUUAUUGCCAGACCAAGUAUUGUGACACCGUCUUAUCAAGAACCUUUACCGGGUUGGGUGGAUAAUUUGAAUGGUCCUAGCGGUGUUAUGAUAGGUGCCGGCAAAGGUGUUAUACGUUCCAUGCUGUGUAAUGGAGAAUUGAAAUCGGAAGUUAUACCGGUGGAUAUAGCUAUAAAUGGUUUGGUUAUAAUACCCUAUUAUGUGACUCAAUUAAAGGAGAAGCCAGCCCAUUUGCCAAUAUUUAAUUUGACGGUACAUGAAUCGCAGAAACACAGCUGGAAAUGGAUUAUGGAUAAGGGUCGGGAAUAUGCUGAAAAAUAUCCCUUUGAAGUGGGUUUAUGGUAUCCUGAUGGUAACAUGACUAAUAACAAAUAUUAUCACUGGAUCUGUGUGGUAUUGUUCAUGUGGUUGCCCGCCAUCUUGGUGGAUUGUCUGAUGACCAUAUUUCGUCAAAGGAGAUUCCUGGUACGUGUUCAGAAACGUAUUGCAAUCGGUUUAGAUGUUUUACAGUUUUUCACCACCCGAGCUUGGGACUUUAAAUCGAAUAAUUUCCGGGAACUUUAUAAGAUUCUUACGGCAGAGGAAAAGAAAAUCUUCAAAAUAAACACUGACGAUAUUGAUGAUUCAGAAUAUUUAAAGAAUUGUAUUUUGGGCGGCCGACAAUACGUUGUAAAGGAACCUUUAUCCACUUUACCCAAGGCACGUGUACAAUUAAAAUGCAUGUACGCUUUGGAUCGUGUUUGCAAAACCAUUAUCUGUUUCAGUUUCUUCUAUUGGCUGCUGACCAAACUUGGAGUUAUAGACUUUAUCAAUAACCUAUUGGCCUGAUUAAUUUAUUAAGAAUUCAUGUUUUAAUUUAAGUCGUGUUAUUUUGUUUGUCAUUUAUUUUUAUAAGUUCUCAUUUCAUUUGAACAAUAUGGGGUUUGCAAUGUAUGUUAUAGUUUAUUCAAUAUGGUUAACUGGCCUAUAAUAUGUAGUAGUUAAACCCUAGUUAAACCCAACAGAUCCUAUUGGAUCUCACACAAAAUUAAACAUUAAAUUAAAAAUUUUACUUAUUUUUAAAUUGCAAAUUAGAAAAUAAUUAUAUUUCGCUGGUCCUUAGGCUCAAUUAAUUAUAAUUAAAACAGUGUAUAAAUAGUAUUUGUUAAUUGUUUUGUAUAUAUUUAUAUUGGAACAUAUUGUUAUUGUUUAUAAAUAGGGUGGUGUUACACAAAAAAAAACUUCAAACAAAUAUAAAACAUAUGAUACAUUUAAUAAU